CAACUGCACAAACUUACAGCACCAUGUAGGACAUUCAAUAUUGCAAGAAGAGAUAGGCGGAUAGGAAUCGCACUAUUGCUGCAAUACCAUCAUCUACUGGCCCGAGGAUGCCACUUGGGAUGACUCAGCCCCUUCAUCCGUGAAGCGUAACCGUGUUACCUUUAUGCUGUUCGUUUAAUCCUCCCUGAGUUCUUCCAGCAGGUAUUUUUGACACGGGACAUUAGGUACCUCACGACAAUGUGUGACCAAGUCAUGGCACUGGUCUCCCCCGAGCAUGUCCGCUCCAUUGUGUGGAUUGGACAGGAAGACGAUGACACUUUGAUGGAAAUAGACCAAGACCGAUACGAGCCUGACAGAAUGUUCACGUUUGAAGUUAGGAAAACCAAUGAGCAGGAAGAAGCCGUAAAGCCGCGUCCUGGAUUCAAGGCUACAUCCGUCCACAUAGCCAUGCCCCAGCCUCACCCGGAGGUAACAGAAGAUUCCGGACUGCAUAAGCCUUGGUUGUUACACGGCGAGACUACUCAAGGGUUCAUGACAAUCAACUAUCUACCUGCCACGCGGGUCAACGAUGCAUGGAAGCGCAGGUCUGUCACUCGCCUCCAGUUAGGUGAUUGGUUGUGGGUGUUACUCUUUUUGCCAGUUCCUGGAUUGUUCCUCGCUGAGUUGGAUGAUAUGGAGAAGCUUCCCGUUAUGAAAAAAGUCGUCGCAGGUUCCAGGGAUGCUGCGGUGGUGUAUUUCAGAUUACUUAUAACGAUGCAAACGACAACUUUUACUCAUUCGGCCCUGCGCAUACAAAUUGAUGAAUCUGUGGCCCGAGCUCAUAGGGAAACAGCUAUCUGUGACGAGCAGCAACUGGCCGAAUCACGAAAGACUGUUCGAAAGGGGCCAGAUCUGAGAAUAAGUUGAGCUGUGCCCCUGAAUAUCGCCGAGUCCUUCGUUUACAAAGUCAGAGGGGAUACAAUUCGGCUGGGCCAAUACAGUACCAGCUAUCAAAUUCAAAGAGGGGACUGUUAUGACGUC